UAAAAAAGUAAAGUUAGGCAAGUACACAGGGCACAGGAAAAAACGUCAAUGUGUUUCAGCGAAGGUUCCCUAGGCGCUGAGUACAGUUUCGACGAAGAGGUGCCCUUAAACGGUCUCGUCAUCAUCAAGGGUGAUGUACCAGUGUCCAACAACUGCUACGCGCCUGACCACGUCGACAACUCCUACAACGGCACAAGGACCCCCCAAACGGCGGAGGACUACGACAACGGGGAAGACUCCGACGAUGGCAAGGACGAAGACGCCAACGAAGGGACACUCGAGGACAUCGCCGAAAACGUCGUCAGCAGCGAAAGCGAGGCCCCGGUCUCGGAACGGGCGGCUUCUGGUUUCAGCGACAGUCCGUCUUACGGCAGCCCAAGGGUCCAAUUUGACAAGAUACGCGAAGAGGACGGCCACGUGAUGAACGCCAACGAGGCCGCUGAUCCCGAGGACGACGACGACAAGCGACUGCAGAACCGCAGGCACCAUAAGCACGACAAAACACCGAAAAAAGAGCUAUCCACACCCGCAUAUGCCAUUGAAGAGUCUCCACUCGAGGUCUAUGCGACGUCAUUUAUCACC